AUGUACAUACACACACAGACACAUGUACACACACAUACAUGUACAUACACGCAAACACAUGUACAGAUACACACAGAUACAUGUACAUACACACACACACACACAUACAAAUACACACGUACACACACACACACAGCCCUAUAAAAAGUUGCAGUACUUCGUUACGUUCACUCACAGAACCGGGUACUGCAUUCUAAGGGGAGGCAGAGAGCACAGCACACACUCCUUCCUUUGCUUUCACUUUGCUCAACUAUUGAGCAGUCUGAUGGCUCCCAGUGCCAGUGACAGAUCCGGCCCUGAGUUCCGA